AGAGAAACACACAAGAGAUGAAAAAAAUGGCUCAAACUCUGUUUUUCAGUCUUCUUGUGAUUGCUCUCUGUUCAUUAUCUGAAGGCAUUCAGCGCCGCUAUCACUAUAUAGACAUGAAGAUGAACUGGACUGAAGCUCAGACAUAUUGCAGAGAGAACUACACAGAUCUGGCCACAGUCAACAACAUCAAUGACAUGAACAAGCUGAAGGAGACUGUGAUGAAGACUGUGAAUAACAAUCAGGAGUUUGUCUGGAUUGGACUGAAGAGAACAGGUGUUUAUAAAUGGAAGUGGUCUCUGGGUGAUCCUGUGAAAUAUCUGAACUGGGAAACUGAACCAUCAAAUAUCACAAAUAAUUGUACUGUUAUGAGAAAUGGAAAAUGGCAUCAGCAGAAGUGUAUUGAUAAGCUGGGAUUCAUCUGCUACAAUGGUGAUAAAUCAUACAUCAUUAAUACUUCUAGUAGAACAUGGAGUGAAGCUCAGAGUUUCUGCAGACAGUAUCAUACUGAUCUGAUCAGUGUGAGGAACCAGACUGACAAUCAACUGAUCCACAACAUCAUUAAUGAUCCUCACACAUCUGUCUGGAUUGGUCUGUUCAGAGGCUCGUGGGAGUGGUCAGAUAACACUGACUCCGCCUUCAGAUACUGGGACUCUGGUCAACCUGAUAAUCAAGGUGGUUCUGAAGAUUGUACAGUGACCAAAGUGAAUAAUGAGGGGAAAUGGCAUGAUGUAUCUUGCAGUGACUCUUACACUUUUGUGUGUCAUGAAGAUGAGCUGAUAUUGAUCCAGAAGAAUCUGAGCUGGACUGAAGCUGUGAAAUACUGCAGAGAGAAUCAUGUGGAUCUGGUUUCAGUUGAUUCAGAGGAGAUUCAGCUCAUGGUGACUGAAGUUCUUCAUCAGGCCUCGACUGCUGAGGUGUGGCUGGGGUUACGUCACUCCUGUGGGCUGGAUCUUUGGUUCUGGGUGAAAAGAGAGAGGGUGUGUUAUGGGAAUUGGGCUCCAGGGAACGAGACAACACUGAAUGACUGCAGCGGUGAACACAGAGCUGGAGCGGUUCAGUCUGGAGGAGAUCAUAAGUGGAUCAGCCUUCCUCGAUCUCAAGAACUCAACUUCAUCUGCACCAGAAAUAAAGAAAAUUAAAUCAUGUGUGUCUGUCACUUUCUGUGAUGUAGAUCACUUCAGAUGAUGUAAACAACGCUGGUGCAGAAGAACUUCCAGUCUCAGUUUUUUUAACACAACAAACAGAACAUUUAUAAUCAAUAAACCAAAAUGUUAAACUAAUAUCUUUAAGAUUUAAAUGUGUAUAUAAGAUUUAUAAAGAGAUAAAUAAAAACGGAAAAAUGAAUGUCUCUGGACCAGUGUUUACAUUACUGACAUUUAUUUGUGGAUGUCAAGAUGAUGACAUGAGUUUAAUAACAGAUGAUAGUGAUGUGUGUGUUUACUGCUUUAGGUCUUUCAGCUCAUGGUGUUAUUUUAGCACUUUCUCAUAUUUAUAAAUGUCUGCUUGAUCUCUGACACAGAAUAUUCUGGAUGUGAAAUAAAAUCUGGUGAAGGGGAC